AUUCGGUGCAGUUUCACUUUGGAAAGAAAAUGUAUAUACGGAUUUUUUCACUGCUUCUCCUAUGGGUCUCUUGCUUUACUGAAAUAUCUGCCACUAAUGACUUAACUGUGAUAGUUGGUGGCACUGGAGCCCAUCCACAAAAAUACCGCAUGGCAGCUCGUCUCGGACAUCACUAUUCUACUCGCAACCAAACCAAGUGGUUUUGCGGAGGCACGUUGAUUAGUAAUCAGGUGGUUUUGACGGCUGCUCACUGCUUUUAUUCUUAUAUCGGAGCAGUGAAUAUUGUGCGACUGGGAGAACUUGUUUUCGAUAGCAACAAGGACGAUGCCGAGCCAGAGGACAUUGAAGUUCUCGAAUUGAAAGCCCAUCCAGAGUUCCGGUAUCCCGCUCUCUACAACGAUAUUGGGAUUGUCCGUUUGCGUAGGAAAGUAACCUUUAGUCGUUACAAGCUGCCCGCCUGCUUGCCUUUGAAUAAUGGAGAUCAGUUCGAUGCCUUCACUGCCAUCGGAUGGGGUCAAAAGAGACCCGACGAGUUCGAGCCAUCCAAGGAACUGAGGGAGGUGCUUCUCCGAAACUAUGGUCAGACUUGUCAGGGAACAAUAGAACCGAACGAGGACUUGCCUGAAGGAUUUCACGCACAGUCCCAGCUUUGUGUUGGAUCCCCGGAACAUAAGGACACAUGUAAUGGGGACUCGGGAGGUCCUCUGCUCGUUAGUUAUUCCGGAGAUGGUUGCCAAUAUCAAGUAAUGGGUAUCACGUCAGUUGGAAUCGCCUGUGAUACUCCGGACUUUCCCAGUUUGUACACGAAGGUGCACUUCUUCCGGGAUUGGAUCAAAGGAGAGUUGACUGGCAGUUAAAAAAACCAAGACGCUGCUGUUAACAACAGUUUUAAUACUUUAUAGAAUAGUUAUUUUUUUACUCCAUUGGCAUUUAGAACAUUGCUACGCAUUAACAUUUAGCAAGAAAAAUGCAAUUAACAAUUAUCGUUCUUAUCAUGAUUUCAAUAAAUUUCUAUUCUAUAUUUAGGAAAUGUAAAUUCCGACUUAUCAAUAAAUCCGAUUAGUGAAUCCCAAA